AUGGAUACCCACGACGACAAGAGGCAGGAGGCGGUCUUCGCGCAAGGAAAGGUCGACAUAGAAGUCGUUCAGGACCUCGACGAAGCCGAGGUGUUCCUCCAGGAGAACAACUUCAGCAAUGAGUACGUGCAGGAGCUGCUCGACGACAAGGCGUCGAUCAAGCGUCUGGUGCGGAAGGUCGAUUUCCGGAUCAUACCCUUGCUCGCCGGCACCUACUUGCUACAGUACAUCGACAAGCAGGCCAUGAGCUACGCAGCCGUCUUCGACCUCUUCGACGACACCAACAUAAACCUGACGCAGUACUCCUGGUUUGCCAGCAUCUUCUACAUCGCAUACCUCGUCGCUGAGUACCCAUGGAGGUCGUCGGGAGGUUGUGUCAUGGCGUGGGGCACCGUCCUCAUGGCCACGGCCGCCUGUAGCAACUUUGGUGGUCUGGCGGCGUGUCGGUUUCUGCUGGGGGUUUUCGAAGCUCCCAUCACGCCUUGCUUCAUGAUGAUAGUCGCCAUGUGGUAUGUGCGAGAGGACCAGCCCUUCCGCGCUGGGGUAUUCUACAGCUGCAAUGGAUUCGGGUCCAUGAUCGGCGGUAUCCUCUUCUUCGGCAUCGGACAGAUCAAGACCUUUCCGGUCUGGAAGACCAUCUUCCUCUUGUGCGGCGGCGUCACGAUCCUGUGGGGUGUCGUUCUGCUCCUCUUCCUCCCGGAUAACAUCAUCUCCGCGAAGCGCUUCAGCCCCCAGGAGAAGGCAGCGCUGAUCGGCCGGGGCAAGCUGGGUCGCACGGGAAUCCUGAACCACAAGAUCAAGCCUUACCAGAUCAGAGAGGCGCUCUUGGACCCCCAGAUCUGGCUGUUGGUCUUGUUCACGCUGUUGAACGAGAUCAUCAACGGCGGCAUCGCCAACUUUGGAAAACUCAUCAUCAAGGGUCUCGUCCACAGCCCGCUCGAGACGACAGCCCUCGGUAUCCCCCAGGGUGGCUUCCAAGUAGUUUUCAUCCUGUCAGGAACGUAUCUGGCGUCGCGAUUCCGUAAUUGCCGCACCAUAAUCAUGAUGCUCUACAUGAUACCAACGAUCAUCGGAAUCGGCGUGCUGUGGCGGCUGGACCGUAGCGACAGAGUCGGCGUGCUGAUGGCGUACUACAUUGUCGGAGGCUUCGUCUCUUCGCUCGUCGUCGCGAUGCAGAUGCCGUCGGCCAACCUCGGAGGAUACACGAAGCGCAUGACUGGCACGGCGGUGGUGUUCAUGGCGUACUGCAUAGGGAACGUCAUGGGCCCGCACGCGUUCCUGGCGAGCGAGUCUCCGACGUAUCCAACGGGCUGCAAGACUAUUCUCGGCUGCGCGGUUGGGCAGGUCUGCGCUGCAUUCGCGCUGCGGCUCCUGCUGGUAUGGCGGAACAAGAGAAGAGAUGCCGGGGCCUCGUCUGCUGAUACGUCCGACGAGGCGGCGGUGGUUGAUGAGGUCAGCACCGACUUGACGGAUUUCGAGAAUCCACACUUCCGAUAUGUGUAUUGA